AUGAGUCAAAACUCAAAACACAAGACAUUCAAUGAGCUCAAGAGCCAAUCCUCAAACAAUCAUAAGCCAAUGCCAAUGCCAGAAAAUUUCUUGUUUUCUUUUUUAUCUGCAAUAAUAACUCAAUUUUCAAUUUGUUGAAGUAUCAUGUGAUGUGGAAGUGUAGAUGAAUGAAAUUUGUCUGAGCUGAACUGUUCUGAGCUCAAGGUUGAAGGUCCCAUAUGUAACCUCAUCAGUCAUCACCUUCAAUCAACCUACACAUGUACAAUUUAAUGAUGGAAAGAAGUAGAAGCGAAAUGCCAGCUUGGACUGAAGCAAAAUCAAUUUCAUCUUGCUUUCUUUGUGGUUCAUUUUCUAAGGUUCCAUGUACUCCUAUUGGUAUUUUCUGGGAUAUAGAAAAUGUUAGAUUACCCAACUGUUACCAUGGAAUGGCAGUUGUAGAAGCCAUAAGACAACGAUUUUUAGUGAAUUAUCGAGAAGCUGAAUUUUUAGUUGUUUGUGAUGUUAAUAAAGAAAAAAAGGAAUUGAUCACCAAUUUAAACAAUGCUCAGGUCACUGUGGUACAUGUCAGCAGUACACACAAGAACGCCUGCGACGAAAAGCUGAGACAAACUAUGAGGCGUUUUGCGGACAAUAUUGGAACCCCGUGUGCCAUAAUGCUCAUAACCUCCGAUGUAAAUUUUACUACAGAUCUUUGUGAUUUUAAGAAUCGUAAAAAUAUUCAUAUCAUCCUUCUUCAUCAGAUAUUAGUAUCUGAGGCCUUGUUGUUAUGCUCCAAUGAGCACUAUUUGUUUGAUGAUAUUUUGGAGGAUGUACCUUUUUUAGUAGAUGCAAACAAGGAAAACACCGAUGCCGUAUAUUUGAACGUUUUAAAUUUACCGCAUUUUGUUCCACCAUCCCAAAUACGCCAGAGGGUUCAACAAAUAGCAGGAAACUGUGGGGGGAAAAUGGUUCAGUUACAAGGUGGCCGAGGCAUCGUUCGUUUCAAUGGUACUGUUGCCGCUCAAAGAGCUCUGUUGCGGAUGGAAGGUGAAGACGUUUUUGGCCGAAAAAUAUCUGUACAGUUUCCACCACUUCAACCUAGUGCCGGUUCUCGCAUGCAGCCCAACGACCUGCUCGUCGUUCAUCAUCAUUCUAAGGAAAUGAUUGAAGGAGCAUGUAAGCGCCAUUUUACACCUUUCCCUCCUCCACCUAACCCAGCCAAAGUGGCGCCUCCACGGCUCUUAAAUCUUCGUCCACGUUGCGACAAUGGAGAAGAGAAGGAAACUGUGCCCAGCUAUGAAGAACUCUGCACUGAACUGGCUGAUCAACCCAGUGUGGACGAUACUUUUCAUCGUGCCGUAUUAGACGCUGAUGGGCCCAACAGGUGGGACUAUUACCGAACCCCCUCGGAAUAUCUAGUCGAGAAAACUCCUCAGGGCCAUCGAAGGAUACGUGGUAACCACAAAGCCCAACACCAAUCGCCGUUCAAAAGUCAAGAAAAUCAUGCCCAUGACAAGGACGAAAAUCGUGCUGCCUACAUUCCGUUUCCUGCUCCAGCCACUGAAAAUCUCAAACCUGUCUUUGCCUCAACACCUUCACAGCCAUCGUUGUCACCCGUGCAGCCUCCCGCCUAUACGUCAAACACUGUAUCUGCUAUUGCCGUCGAUCUACACGUUACUAAUUUAGACCAAAGCAUCGGUGCAAAGGAGAUGAAGACGCUCAUAUCCUCUGUUUUCAAGCAGCACGUCAUGGUCAUGAAUGUUACUGUUCAUCUUCAGAAUGAUGGUCAUCUUGCGGCCAUAGUGCGCGUGCCAUCCAUUCAGGAUGCCCAGUAUUGCGUUUCCCAGCUUCAUCGACGCAAAUUAGGAAGCAAGCGAAUUAUGAUUGCCUACGAUCAGAAUAGCCAUGGCUUGGGGUCGGGAAGAAGUGUGCCAACACCUCUUCAAAUCAGAGCUCAAGUAAAUGCGCUUCUCGCCGAAAUACCUCAACGUCGUCUUCCACUUUUCAAAUUCCGUGAGUUGUAUGAACAACGCUACACUACAUCGGUGAGUUUAGCAGACCUUCAUCGACUUCGCGAUAUUUUGCAUGUCACAGACGACGUCCAUGGAAGAUGUGUAGUUUUUCUACAAAAUCAAUAUCAACCUUCUAAAGUACAUCAGUUUAGUGGCGAACAGUCUACUAGAGAUGUAAUCUCCGUAUCCCGAAGUAGUUCUUCAAUUUCCGAGCCUGAACUUUCGGUGGCCGAAAUGCCACGUUGUCCUCUUCACGAUUGUAUUCCAAACAAUGUUUCCCAUGGCUGGGCCGAGCCAGAACCUUCACCGGAACUUCCGUUGGUAUACUCUACACUUCAUCAAAUUGCACUUCACACUCACUGUUUGUUGCAGUCACACGGAGGCACUAUUCCAUUGGCCAGUUUGGCACGCUGUUUUGAAAUAGAAAUGGGUGGCCUGAAUGUAAAUGAAGAGAAAGGAGUACCACUGGAACAUCUCAUCUCAUGUGUAAAAGGAGUGGGCAUAGUUUCUGUAGCUGGCCACAAACGAUUACAGUGGUCAGGAAAAAACGAUCAGUUGCAAGAUAAUGAGCCCUUACAAUCGCUGAAUCCGUCCUUGCUUCCUCAGAUGUCACUUCUCUGUCGAGAACUUGUAGAUUUAUUGAAAAUGGCUCCACAAUCUCGUAUUCCUUUUUCCAAGUUCAUUCCAGCUUAUCACCAUCAUUUUGGUCGCCAAUGUCGAGUAGCUGAUUACGGAUAUACCCGUCUUAUUGAUUUGCUAGAAUCUUUAUCUCAUGUUGUUCAGAUUUUAGGAGAAGGUACAAGACGACAUGUCACUCUUAGCCACAAAGCACAGAUGAAACGUUUUACAUCCGAUUUAUUACGAAACUUGAAAGCCCAAGCCAGUAAACAGAUGAGCGUUUCGAUCUUCGCAACCCUUUAUGAAAAGACACUUGGCCGUCCCUUCGAUCCCAGAGACUAUGGACUUUGCCAUCUCAGUGAUCUCUUAUCGCAAGUUGCAGAAGCUUCAGUAGUCGUGAUGACCACGGCUGAGGGAGAAGAAAUAAUCGCCUUACCGAAGCGCGAACAGACAUUAGAGGAAAUGGAGCGUACUAAGCAAUUUGCAGUUGAGGUUUUUCUGCUCAGUUUCUGCCUUAUUUUUCAAACACUUUUAAACAAUUUACGGAAAACUAAUCGUUUUCCGGCUUUACAGGUUGUCGAAUUGUUGAAGCAUGCUCCACAAUGUAAACUAGACUUUGCUAAAUUUAUACCUGCCUAUCACCAUCACUUUGGUAGGCAGUGCCGCGUUUCAGACUACGGUUGCCAAAAGCUUGUAGAACUUUUCGAGACGAUUCCGGAAACUGUUCAGGUUUUUGAGAUGGAUAAUGAAAUAGAAAAGUAUGUACAGUUGACCAUGAAACAACGUUUGAAGAUUUUAUCCGAGCAAGUUACAUCUUUGGUUCGCAAUCAUUCUGCGCAUCAACCCUUGUUGCUUAACUAUUUGCCAGACGCAUUUCGCAUCCAUUACGGCUUUGCUUUAAGACCUGAGCAAUAUAAUGCUGUAAGUUUAGAUGAACUUGUUGGAAAACUAAGGAACCAUGUUCAGGUUGUUUAUUCAGAGAGGGGAGCCGAAUUAUCAUUGAUUGAUCAAAACAGCCUUUCAAAUUCCAAAUUCCGAGUAGUUACUAUUCUUUAUCCAGUAAUUGAUGGGUCAAUGCCAUUACACAAGCUACUCGAAAAGUACAAAGAGAUGAAUGGUCAUGAGUGUCCACAUAGCUUUCUCACUGAUUACAUGGAGGAUAUAGUAAUAGUUGAUAGUGAGAGUAAAACAGAACCAAUCGUCCGGUUUGUUCCUAUCAUGUUGUUUUCACGUCAAGUUCACUUACUUUUGAAUGAAAAUGGAGGGCGUCUGUUGUUUGCUAACUUCGAGUCCAGUUAUUUGGAGCGGUUUGGAGUCCAAUGUCGACCCUCGACCUAUGGCCAAUCGAGCAUCAUGUCUCUUUUACAAUCCAUUCGUCAUUUGGUCGUAAUUCGCGGAAAGGGACCUAGACGUGUAUUAACACUCCACAGAGAAAUGGCAGGUUUGAUCCCCCCUUCCGUAGCGCAAGCACCGAAACCAUCAUGGAUCAAACCUCCAGCUCACUGGCUAAUUUCACCGGAAGAAAAAAUAAUUUCUCGUCAAGAAGAUAAAAGUCCUGAUAAAGAAGGGAUAUAUGAAGAUCUCAAACAAUUUUUCAACUCGGCCCCUGCUUCUUCUGUUAUGUUCGCUCCUGUCCCGACUUUUAUUCCUUCGGUAUCUUGGAGUCCGAUAUGGGGCAUGGCUAUGGGCAUCCCUUUAAGCGUGUCGCCGACGUACGUUUCUAACACAAGCUUCUCCCCGAACUGGAAUGCCAGUGGUACAACAUCAAAUUACCCGUGCAAUUACUGGUUUACCGCAUGGCAUACUCCAUGUACUUUUCCUGUACCCGUUACUCCUGUGCCUAGUUUUACUUUAACUGGAGCAUCGGUGGAAGAAAUCGAAGAAACAACUUCUGGCCCAGGAAUUCCUCCUCCCGCGUCAGUACUUCCACGGCCAUCGCUGAUCAUGGCGUCUCAUGUUGACAAAACACCAAAAAGUCCCGUGAAAAGUAGAAUUGCUGCACAAUUCCGUACUCCAGCAAUCAAACCCCUUAACUAGCUGAGAUCUACAUUGAUUUGGUUUCAUUGAUAAGAACUGUCUAGUUUCUAGUAUGUCGCAGUCGAUAAAGAAAAUGCCAAGUUUGCUUGGCAUUUUGCAUAUAUAUUGAUUUUUUAGUGAAGCUAAAAGUAGUAUAAAAAUGUUUUCAUUUUGCAUUGUUAACAAAAAUUUGUCAUGCUUUUUUUUGCAUUCAGUGUUUUGCAUCACAAUGGCUCAAAACCGGAAUUAGUUACAUAAAAAGAAUGAAUGUAAAAUUUAAAGCAAGAUUUCCAUAAACAAAAAUGUUUGAGAUUUUGCGAUCUAGAUAUACAUACUGCAUCCAAUUAAACGAUAAAACAAAA